CGUCAGUUGGUUCCGCGUUCGGCGCGUGUGCGCAUCGCGAGUGCUCCUCCAAUAAUUCUGAUGCACUCAAAACCAUCGCUGUGUUCUCGUCCACGCUCGAUGUAUUGUCAAAGCACCAUCACCCCGAGAAAAUAACCAACAGCCUCUUCCCCGACACCGCCAAUCGUCGCCAAAAUCACCGAUUAAUGAUUGAACAAACGAAAAUUCCGUUCGCGAGGAUUAUUUCUACAAACUUCGUGAGCCGACACAUUUUUGUGAUGUUGAGAUAAGGGAUUUUAUCAUUAAACAAGAUUUACCUCUUCAUCUUGUUGACACAAGUGGAAAAGUAAGCGGGAAAGUCGUGCCCGGAGGGAUGGCGCCGCUAUGAUGUCAGAUGCAGCAAUCACGGUAAAUUGGGUUGGCUGCCCACGAGAUACCCGUAGAUAAUAACCCAUCAAGGAUGACCCUACAUUGGGACAAAUUGUCUCCAGCAGAAUUUCAGCAACUUCAGGAUUUAGCUGCGUACUCAACGCGAAAACUUGAGGAUGUACUCACCGAGUUUUGUGGCAGCAAUACAACACCGGGUGGCCUACCCAAGUAUCAUCCAGAUGGGGACAUUGAUUACGAGGGAUUUCGCAAGUUCCUGGACACAUACCUCGAGGUCGCCACACCCGACGAAUUAUCUCGCCACCUAUUUCUGUCAUUCCUCAAGAAGGGAUCGAAGAAUGCGGAUGGCAAGGCAUUCAAAGAAAUGGCGGCGUUAUCGUCCACGACAGCGUGCGCCGCCAUAACUUCACAUACGACGUCGAAUACAAAUGUUAACAGCACUGGUUUAGUGACUGCAACUAGUGAGAGCCAUGGAUCAUCCCUAGCUGAUAAAAUUCACGGACUUACCGAGAAAAUUCAGGCACUGGGCCAUCACAGGACAGACAGCGAGGCAUCGGCUCGCACGCGAACAGGAAGUGUACACCCGAUGCUGACUGUUGCACACACCUCGUACAGCUGUCACGACGUUCUCGAGAAGAAGAGCACAGACAGUAGUCCAAGUCACAGUCAAGUCUCCCGUAACUCAUCGAGAAAGUCCAAUAAUUCACUUCUGGUCAACAACGGAAAACUAGAAGAAAUGCGGCACAUCGUCAGAAAGCAGAGUACCAUCGACGUAUACUCAGUCAAAGUGAGCUUGAAAGACAUUGUCUGCUACCUCUCCCUCCUGGAAGCCGGUCGACCCGAGGACAAAUUGGAAUUUAUGUUUCGUCUCUACGACACUGACGGUAACGGAGUACUGGAUACAAAUGAAAUGGACUGUAUUGUUAACCAAAUGAUGAACGUAGCAGAGUAUCUCGGUUGGGACGUAUCAGAGUUAAAACCCAUACUCCAAGAUAUGAUGAUUGAGAUUGAUUACGAUGCUGAUGGCACUGUAUCCCUGGAAGAAUGGAAACGAGGUGGAUUAACGACUAUUCCUCUGCUGGUUCUACUCGGUCUUGAUUCUCACGUGAAGGAGGACGGAAAUCAUUUGUGGAGGCUAAAGCACUUUAGUAAACCGGCGUACUGUAAUCUCUGUUUAAAUAUGCUUGUUGGACUUGGCAAGAAGGGCCUCUGCUGUGUUUUCUGUAAGUACACGGUGCACGAAAGAUGUGUCCAGCGAGCCCCAGCUUCCUGCAUAGCGACAUACGUGAAGAGUAAAAAGACAUCCCAGACGAUGGUCCACCACUGGGUGGAGGGUAAUUGCCACGGGAAGUGCUCGAAAUGCAGAAAGACCAUCAAGAGCUACAACGGCAUCACCGGCCUCCACUGUCGUUGGUGUCAGUUGACCUUGCACAAUAGAUGUGUCUCCCAAGUAAAAGCUGAGUGCAAUCUCGGUGAACACGCUGUACACAUACUUCCACCCACAGCUAUUUGUCCAGUUGUCCUGGACAGACAGAGAUCGUUAUCGAGGGACAGUAAAAGAGGCAGUAAACAUGGCCAAGAUACGUCUUCCAUCGGUUCAGGUGCCUUCCUUAGUUCGAGUAACUCCUCGAAUCAGCAGCCAGCCAUGUCAUUCCAAAUAACUCCGGCCGCCGGCACAACCCCACUCUUGGUCUUUAUCAAUCCCAAGUCCGGGGGACGACAGGGUGAGAGGAUGUUGAGAAAGUUUCAGUAUAUACUGAACCCUCGACAAGUUCAUAAUCUCGCCAUUGGAGGACCCAUGCAAGCUUUACAGAUGUUUAAAGACGUUCCGAAUUUCAAGGUCAUCUGUUGUGGCGGCGAUGGGACAGUUGGAUGGGUGUUGGAAACAAUGGACCGAGUUCAAUUUGAGUAUCAGCCAGCAAUCGGGGUUAUCCCCCUGGGCACAGGAAACGAUUUAGCCAGAUGUUUGAGGUGGGGCGGUGGUUACGAGGGUGAGGCAAUUCACAAAGUCCUGAAGAAGAUAGAAAAAGCAACUCCAGUGAUGAUGGACCGAUGGCAGAUCGACGUGACCGACCAAAAGGAGGAGAAAAAACCAAAUCACGAUUCCAUCCCCUACAACAUAAUAAACAACUACUUCUCAGUGGGUGUCGAUGCAGCCAUUUGCGUUAAAUUUCAUCUGGAGCGUGAGAAAAAUCCUGAAAAGUUCAAUAGUCGUAUGAAGAACAAAUUGUGGUAUUUCGAGUACGCCACGACCGAGCAAUUUGCCGCGAGCUGUAAAAAUCUUCACGAGGAUCUUGAAAUUAUUUGCGAUGGUACACCCUUGGAUCUGGCUCACGGCCCUUCCCUGCAGGGUGUGGCACUCUUGAACAUUCCAUUUACUCACGGUGGCUCGAAUCUCUGGGGUGAGCAUCAUGCACGACAUCGCCUUGGGAAACGAAAGAAACGCCCUGACAAGGAGCUCAGCACCAGUAGUUUCAAUUCUGUUGAUCUCACUGUUGCUAUUCAGGAUAUUGGGGAUAACCUCAUUGAGGUGAUUGGAUUGGAGAAUUGUUUGCACAUGGGACAAGUCAAAACUGGACUGAGGGCCUCAGGGAGACGAUUGGCACAGUGCAGUAGUGUUACUAUUACUACUAACAAGCGAUUCCCUAUGCAGAUUGAUGGGGAACCCUGGAUGCAAGGACCAUGCACGAUACGUAUCACCCACAAAAAUCAAGUGCCAAUGCUGAUGGCACCGCCUCCAGACAAAAGUCGAGGAUUCUUCCGAUUUUUGCGCAGAUGAAAGAAAGAAAAAAUCGAUAUCAAGAGGGAAUUGCCUGAUCCCUAAGGGUAAUUGGUGCACGAAAGUGAAAAUAAUCACACAUUACGGCUUUCAUUUUUACAUUCGCAAAAUUUUCAAUAGUUGAUUGAUUAAUCGAUCGAAUAAACAAAGUAGGAGCCUGAAGAGUUAAUUAUCUUAUGAAUACAGUAUUUUACUUUUCAGUUAAGACCAAAAAGAAAUUAUUCGACUAGUCAUUUAUCAGCUUUACCUCUGCAACUGUACUUAUUGAUUAUUUAUUACUGUUUGCUAUUGAUAAAUUAUUUAGUUUUGUACAUAAUUUAUAAUGCAUUACGUAUGGAUUAUCCGCAUUCUAAAGUAUUCGUCUUGUUAUUUCUUCGUGGAGAAUUUGAGGAAGAUAUUACGCUGAAAUGGGGGGUGAAUUUAUAUUACUACAUGCAUAUCUGUUAGCGUGUAUGAGACAACACGAUGUUCAAUGUCAUUAUUUUAUAGAUUAUUAUCCAUUUUUGAACUUUUUGUCUUCCGUAAUGAUAUUUUUUGUGCCAAUAUAACAGCUUAACAACCGUUUUGGUUGGGCAAUGUCUGUGCUAGUUUAACUCAAUGUAGCCUCUAUGGAUUUAAACCACAAUGUUUUGUAUAAGAAUGAUCACUGUUUAGGAGGUACCACGGAAAAAGCAAAUGGAAAUAUCCCCUUCGAUCUCGUGAACAUUUAUCACAUCAAAAGAAAAAUCCUUUAGCCUUAUCCUGGUGUGGGGUUUAAAAUGAAAAAUUCAGCCUUUUUCCAUCCAUCUACAUGAGCCUAUGUUAUUUAUCUAUAAUCAUCACAACUGGGAAAUCAAUGAAUUUUGAGGGAUUUAGAAAAUGCCAUUUUUCCGUGAAAUCUCCGAUCCAAGGGCUUUGAGAUACAAAAAAAAUCAAGUUCUUCUCAACUAAAAGUAAAGGAAAAUCAAAAAAGCAUAGAUUGUUCAACUAAGCCAGUAUAAUUUAGGAGCAGGAUGAGAUAUUGAUGAACAUGUGGAACACCAAUAACGAAAGCGUGAAAGAUAACAAAAAUUGUAAUUACUCUCCGUCCGAUUGAUAACAAAAUAAAUGGGAAACAAAACAAGA